CUCCCACGAAAUAUUUGUCAAAAAAUUAAAAAUCUCCUCCCAAAAAAAUAAACAAGGAACUAUUUUUGUGGAAUUUCCCUAAAAAGGUCAACUUGGAAAAUGUUUUGACUGUUGAUUUUCCCUGCAUAGGUGUUGCGUUUGCGUGUACAGUUGUUAUUCGGUGGUUCGGUGGCGUUAAUUCGUUUUAUUUUGCCGUAACAAAUUUCGACCUAUUUUUUUCGUGUUCGGAAAUUCAUUUGGUUCGCGGAUUCCGUCACAUCGUCCAAGAUGCACCUGAAUGCCGACAUCUCCUCAGCUCUUCAGCAAAUUGAGGCAAUUAAGAAGGUGGUGGAUGAAUCCGAUGACCCUAAACUACAGCAGGCCACGGGGGAUGAGCUGAAGUUGAUUCUCGAAAUCCUCACGGAUCCCGUUUUCCGGAACAUCGUACAGGUGCAGGAUUCUCUGGCGGAGCUCAAUACCCAAAUAGCCAAGCAUCCCUCCAUUCUUGCUGGAGAUUUCGAUAUAACUGCUUCUGGGGACUUGGUGCUCACGGUACCAGCUACUCCGGAGCUGUAUGCUGAGUAUCCGGAUGAGCAGCGCGUUCCCAGUGCCCAGCUAUCGCCCAGAGAUUCCGUCAGUCCGUCCACGGUGGCCCAGAACUUCAACAGCUUGUCAGGACCAAUUGGCAGUGUGUCCGAUCAAAUUCUCUCCAUGGAAUCGCAUCAGUUCUCUUCAUUGACGAAGAAAGGAAACGCGGGAGAUGGCACAUUGCCUCGUGGAAUGUUGAGCGAUGAUGAGAGACCCCAAUCGGCUGUUAGUGAAGCCUCCACGAAGCACGCGAACGAGGUAAUCCCGUCCGAGUGGGCUCAGAUUCAGGCAAUUGAGCUGAUCAACGACGGCACUGGGCUGGGAUUCGGAAUAAUCGGCGCCAGGACAUCGGGUGUGAUUGUUAAGACGAUCCUAGCCGGUGGUGUCGCCGAUCGCGAUCAACGCCUGCGAAGUGGAGAUCACAUUCUUCAAAUUGGCGAAGUUAAUCUCCACGAGAUGGUAUCUGAGCAAGUUGCUUCGGUUCUCCGACAAUCGGGCACGCAUGUUCGUCUUGUUGUUGCACGUCCUGUGGAUCCCAUGACAGCUACGCAGGAUGUUGAGGGAACAGCCAUUGUUCCGUCGCGCUUACUCACGGAUCCCGUGGAAUUGGAACGAUAUCUCGUGGCAGCAGGCUAUUCAUAUAUCUUUGGUGAUACGUCCACACCGUCAACGCCAACAUCCUCCUCUCAGGCAGGGGGAGAGCAGAGAUUCAAAUAUGGAGGAGACAUCAGUAUGCGACCACGACUAUCACCGCCACUUGGUGAGCUGGAAUUGCCGGAAACUGAGAGAUUCACCGUGGAACUCACGAAGGAUAUCAAUGGUUUGGGUAUCACGAUCGCCGGCUACGUUUGCGAAAAGGAGGAGCUCUCUGGGAUUUUUGUAAAGAGCGUCUCACAAGGAAGUGCAGCUGACAUCAGUGGGAAGAUUCAUGUCAAUGAUCGCAUCAUCGAAGUUGAUGGUCAAUCCCUGCAGGGCUUCUCCAAUCACGAAGCAGUCGACGUACUCAAGAAGAGCGGAACAGUCGUGUCGCUCUGCCUGGAACGCUACCUUCGGGGACCAAAGUAUGAGCAACUUCAGCAAGCCAUAGCUGCAAAUGAGCUUAAACCCUCAACUCCAGCCACACCACCUCAUGUGCAAUACCCCGGAAGACCGCUAAGCGCCUCCUCAGCCCACUUCCGCGAGGACAUCGAACGGGAGAAGAAGCACUCAAUUGGAUCAGUUCCUGACCUUCUGGAGAAGCCUGACAUCACCAUGAUGAAGAAGCACUCAAUGGAUAGCUCAGUGGCGGCUGGGAGGAAGCUAGCUCUAGCCAGGGAUUCACUGGAAACAAAGGCAGAGCAAAUUGGCAAGGAUAUCCCCCAGGAAUCGAGUAUGUCAACAUGUGAAGAUCUGGGGGAGGAUGAAGAGGAACUUAUUGUGCAUCCACGGAAGAUGAGUAUCAUCGAGACGGCUAACAUUGCAACGAUCAACAAGCACAAGUACCACAUUGAACCUGUCUUGACGGAGGAAAUUGAGGCUGCCACCCGGAAGAAAUGGCACGCCAUCGUGGGGAAUGACGUUAUGAUUGUUGUAGCGCAAAUAAGGAAGUUUACGCCGGUUAGUGGACUGGGAAUCUCCCUUGAGGGUACCGUGGAUGUCGAGGGAGGACGAGAAGUACGACCACAUCACUACAUCAGAUCUAUCCUCCCUGAGGGUCCAGUUGGGCAGAACGGACUCCUCCAGUCGGCUGAUGAGCUCCUUGAAGUCAAUGGUCAGAGGCUUCUGGGCAUGAAUCACCUGGAAGUGGUGUCCAUUCUCAAGGAAUUGCCUCAGGAUGUGCGAAUGGUGUGUGCAAGGGAUAAAAAUCAGAUGGUGCCAUUCACAGAGGAGAACAUCUGCAAUGCCCUGGGGCUUGGAUUCCAAGGAUCACCCAAUCUGGAGAACCUAACACCAGCCUCAGAGCGAUUGGUUAAAGCUAAGUCAGAUGGGAGUCUCGCUACAUCGGCAUCCAGUCAGACAGAGGAGAAUUUCAUUAAAAUGAAGUCCAGGUCCCUAGAACCCCUAACUGGAUUAGCAAUGUGGAGCUCUGAGCCACAGAUCAUUGAAUUGGUGAAGGGUGAACGUGGUCUUGGCUUCUCCAUUCUCGACUACCAGGAUCCCCUUGACUCCAACGACACCCUGAUCGUGAUCCGUUCUCUCGUCCCCGGUGGUGUGGCUCAGCUCGAUGGACGCCUCAUUCCGGGUGAUCGUCUACUCUUUGUGAAUGACAUCAACCUCGAGAAUGCAUCCCUCGAUCAGGCUGUUCAGGCACUCAAGGGUGCCCCCAAGGGGAUUGUACGGAUUGGUGUGGCGAAACCUCUACCAAUGACGGAUACGUCCACAAUGCAACUGGGUGAGAGGCCACCGGGGAUGGAGGUGCACGAAUUGAGUGGUAAACACGAUUUUAAGGAUGAUUGGCAUCACAAAUAAUAUUGGGUUAUACCCAAGACCGAUUUUGAGGAAUUUCUCACGCUCUACAGACGUCUCAUGAGAUUGGCGGAUUUCUUUCAGCUCACAUCAUCGGUAUCAUUGGCCCGCAAUUGAAUUCCUUUCAUUCGGGCCACACAGAGAGGGAUUAUAUAAAGGGGCAGGGGGGACGUGAAUUGGCCAUGGUUGACAUUGAGGACACAUCCCCGAAAAAAAUGGAACCAAACAAAUACCACCAAUCCUCCCUUAUUUGUUUCCCUCCUCAUCUUAUUUCAUCCAUAUUUGAGCAUUCAUUCGGUGAAAUGUAAACCUUCAUCAUUUUUUUUUCACCUCAUCCUCUUAAUUAUUCUUUAACAUUCCAGCAUUUUUCAUCAAAUUCCAUAUGCGACAUUCCUUAUAAUUAAAAAUUCGUUAAUUUCUUUGUUCGUAAAAGAUAAAUCCUCAAAGAUUUUUUAAGGUCCUCAAAAAUCGGUUGCAGGGUUGUGCAGCAGAAAGUCGAUAAUAUUUUUGAAAGAAUUAAUGGAAAAAAACUCUUGAAAAAAUAUCGAAUAGUAAUUGAAGUAAACGAGAAAUUAAAUUCUAGGCAAAAAUUCAAAUAAAUUUAAUCAAAGUCCCGCAAUGAAUAAAAUUAAAGAAAAUCAUUCAUUUUUAGAUUUUAUCACUUAAUGACAUAAGGUUAGUGUCAGUGCAUCCGUUAACAAGGUAAAGGUUUUCUUGUGUUAUAAUUCUUUUUAAAAAGUUGACAUUCGGCAGAUUAAAUGUCAACAAUCUCUGACAAGUGCUGCUAAUUGACAGUACCAAAAUGACAAUUAUUCAAGUUUGACAUUAAAAUAAAAUAAAUGUCAAAAUUAAUAAUUUGAAAUUAUAUUGAUUAAACUUUACAUUCCUAUAAGUAUAUAAACAGUUAAUAGGUGAUUAAGAAAUAAAAAUUGACAUUCCCAAAUGACAGAUGAUGAAAAUUGACAAGAAAAGAAAGGAUUCUUUACAAAAUGACAAAAAAAUUGAUAUUUAAAAAUGACAGAUAUGUUUUAAUUUGACAUUCCGAAAAAAUAAAGAGAAUUGACAUUUAAAGGUGACAAAUGUUGAUAUUUGACAUUUCAAUAUGACAAGUUUUUAAAACUUGACGAGUGUUAUGAUAAACACAUCAGGUUUUUAAUGUUACAAAAUAAUAAAUCAAUUAUUUGAUCACUUUCAUAUAACUUUUUUUUAAAUUAAUUGAGAUGAACAAAAAUAAUUUUUAGAAUAAAAAAUCUUCAAUUUGUUCAAAAAGAAAAAAAAAAUUGACAACACUUGAUAACACCUGCACUGACAUUAAAAUGAAAAGAUGUUGUAUUUGAAUUGUAGUUAUUAAGGAAUUGGAAACGUUCUGAAUUGUCACAGUUAAGGUGUUUUAGAAUGAACAAUAAAAGAAAAAAAAGUUCUAUAGCCAUUGAAAAAAAAAUAUAGCAAAACAGACAAAUAGGGAAAUUAUCCACCGUAAAAUAAAUAAAUAAAAUUUGAAGCUAAAAAGCAGCAGGAAUUUACUUAAAAAACAAAUCCAAUAGUUGCAUUCGCAGAAAGAAUAAACUCGCUUAUCUCCGCAUGAAUGUAGAACAGCAAGAGCUCCCAAAAAAUACUAGAACUCCAAUAUCGUUGAUGAGAAAAUGUAGUGCAAUUUUCGAAUGAAAGUCCUUACUUUUUCAGUACUUAGAACCCCCCCAGUAUUAAGAAUACUUAAUUUCCACUUUUAUUGAAUUUUAUUACAUUAUUAUGUUAUUGGACAAAAUGUCCAAACUGGCGAAAAGUACUUUCCAACCCUUUUAAAUGAUCUUUAAAAGUACAUAUUCGACACAAGGGAAUAUUUAGGAGAAACAAUUUUAGAUAGUUAAGAUACAAAACGAAAUAAAGAGGGUAUUAGAGCAUUUUAACAAACUUAUACUUAAGUUUCUUCUCUCUCUCUCUUCUAUUUGAGUAUUUAUGUAAGAGAAAUGAUUAUUAUAUACUUAUAGCGAAUAUUUUAUGUACACCCUAUAUGAUUUUCAGUAAAUUUAUUGAGAAUAAAAAUCUGUUGGCCACAUAAAA